CGAAGCUCUUCGACAAGCUUUGGGAUUAACACAGGACCAGCUCCCCCAACACAUAUAUAAGAUGCGGUUGUAUGGCUACCCGCCAGGUUGGCUUGCUGAGGCCAGGCAGAUUCAGUCGGGAGUCACCAUAUUCGAUAAAAAUGGAAGAGUGACCUUAAUAACCGGGGAGUGCCUUGAAGAUGGUGAACUGCAAGAAGAUGCUGCUGUCGAAACUAAAACAGAAUAUGAUGUUGGUAAAAUAAUAGAGUACCCCGGCUUCACAGUUCCUGUUCCUCUUGGUGUUAUUGAUGAGCACAAUGUGUAUAUGAUGCCACCCAUACAGCAGCACCAGUUGAAGAAAACCUUGAUGACCCAGACUACAGAUAAGUCUUCAAGCAAGAAAAGAAAGAGAGGCAAAGAUCGAGAUGCACAUGCUGAGGUUAAGAAAGCUAAAACAGAGGAGACAAAAUCGGAAGAUGGAGAAAUUAAAGAGGAGGGUGAAGAAAAUGGCAUGGAAGUCAAGAACGAAGACGGUUCAGAGGAAACUACAGAAGGCAGCAACAUUGAGGCAGAACAAGCAGCAGCAUCUUCCAUCAAAUGUCUGGAAGCAAUACCAGAUUUGCCUCUGUCAUCUUCAACAAUAUCUCUAAGCAGGGAUUAUGGUACCCCUGUUCUUACACGUGAGAAUUCAGGCCUGCCAGAUGCAACCAAGUUUGGCCAGGGUAUUGAAGAGCACAUACCGUUUGAGAAUCUUCCUAAUUCUACUGGAACUUUUGAAAAAAUGAGAAAUUUGAUAGACACCAUACGUAACAAAACAAAGCAGUAG